CUCCUUGUCUUCUUUGACGCAAAACGCAUACUUGUUGUUGUUCGCUGCAACACAUAUCCUCUGAAAGGUCCUGAGAGGACGUGCGGUCCCCCUUCUGUGAUCGGUCAUGGCUCCGACUUCGAAGCCCGAAAGCCAUCUAAACCUGAGCUAUAUCCCACAAUUGUCUGCCAGUCAGCCAAGAUCAGGAUCGUCUACAGCAGACCACUCUCCGAUCGAACAAUCCACCAGUAGUAUGCUGAGACCUUCGUUCCUGAACACAAAUGGAUAUCCCAAUGGAGGAAAUGCAGGAGGAACUGUGCGAUUAGGGGCUGGCUCCCCUUCGCAUGAGCUUGGCGGAAGACUCUACUCCAAGCGAGCAAGAGAAAUACAGGCACAAGAAGGCUUGACCUCAAAUUUUUGGGGACCCCCAACCAGCGGCAAUUCGACCCCCUUGCGUGAAAAUAUCCCCGAGUCCCCCACCGGUGAUGGGUUCCCUGAUUUGGUCCCUCUAGAGGACCCUUCGCAGAGUCCAGCUCGCCGUGCUCGAGCCGGCACUGUGCCUUCACGAUUUUCUCCCGGCGCCGCACUUGGAGGACUGAAUUUACCGUCGUCACUCCUCCCGAAAACCUCACGGCCGACUCCAGCCAGCAGCCCGUUCAAGGCCGCCUCAGUGUCGCCUUCUGAUCCAGCAGAGGUCGCGUCCAGCCGUCCAGUGGCAGCAAAUUCUGCGUUGCUCUCGCGUCUUCGCGCUGGAUCCAUGCCUCAGCGCUCUAGCUACGUUACUCCAUCGAAUCCCUUUGGCUCCUCGUUGUUCUCGCCCUGGGCAAAUGGCCGAGAGCGCGCGGCUACCGUGACCAGUAUUCCGUCGUCCAACGAUCCAUCCUCCCCAGCACAAUCAUCCAGAGAUGGCCUUCACGACGCCGAUGUCCGUACUUUGGAUUAUUUGGGUUUGGUGGACACGCCGCAACAGAGCCGUGCCACGCUCGCAAAGCCUCCCAUGGAGACCGUGCUUGAAGGUCAACGUGCCGCCGCAAUGCAGCCAUUUUUGUCUGAGCUCACAUCGCUGAAUCGUAACGCGAAUCGCUUCCGAUCAUACUCUGUUAAUGCAAAGGAGAAGUACGCCGAGGAGGAGGAAGAUGACUUGGACCAUAUCGCUCCGUAUGCUGGGCAUCAUAGCGGUUCUCUGACGCCAUCGGCCGCAUCGGCCGCCGCCGCGCUGGCAGCAACCCAAGCUCAGAUCCACCAACACAAUCUUGCUGUACAAGCCUUCGCCAAUCAUGCGUCUGCUAGUCGGCCACGGGCACGGACCGCUGGUGUGUUGGAGUCGCCGCCUCAGCGAUCGAUGCGAAGCUAUCUUGCGACCCCAUCUCGCCUUGAACAGAGCAUUACGGCGGCGGAUUUGGGUCUCACGGAGACACAAGAAUACGACGAUUUGCCUGAGGCCCUGAAUGGUUUGCAGCUAGCGGGCGGAAGUGGAUCUAGCCGCAACGACAGUGGAGACGAAGUUAAUCUCGAGGGGCCUACCAGAGCGCUCUGGCUCGGCAGUAUCCCCUCAUCUACGACUGUCACUUCUCUCAAUGCCAUCUUUGCAAUCUACGGAAACAUUGAGUCCACACGCGUCUUGACGCACAAGAAUUGCGGCUUUGUUAACUUUGAACAUCUCGAGAGCGCCAUCCAAGCCAAAUCACACCUCAAUGGCAAGGAAAUCUUCCCCGGGGCUGGCCCCGUAAGAAUUGGCUAUGCCAAGGUCCCCACAUCGGCAUCCGGCACGCCUGGCCCGAGUGGAGCGUUUCCUUCUCCGAGCCCUGACCCGCUGUGCAAAGGCCAAGGGGAGAAUGGUGUCCCUACUGCUGGGGCCGCUGUCUCUGCCAUGCGUCAAGUAAAUGGAUCGCCUUUGGGGGGUACAGCGCCUACGCCCUCCGCACCACAUUUGCGCGAUAUGCAGUCUGAUAUGCUCUCCAUUGUGAAGGAGUUUGGUGCGACAGAUGAGGAUCUUGGCAGAAUAGCUUCAAGCAUCGAAGAAGCUAUCGCAUACAACGAAUAUGAGGGCGAGGUCCCUCCUGUCCCCGAGCCGAGUCCCAGUCGGACUUAUGACGCCCCUCGUUUGAGGGAGAUUAGAAAACGUCUCGAACACAAUUCGUAUACGCAGACGGAAAUUGAAGAAAUUGCGAUUGGGAUGCUGCCGGAAAUUGCAGAAUUAUCGGCUGAUUACCUGGGCAACACCGUCGUGCAGAAACUCUUUGAAUAUUGCUCAGAAGGCGUCAAGGAGGCCAUGUUGGCCAAAAUUGCGCCUCAUCUUGCCGAGAUUGGCAUUCAUAAGAACGGCACGUGGGCGGCGCAGAAGAUUAUUGACGUUGCAAAGACACCGACGCAGAUGGCUAUGGUUAUUGAGAGUCUACGACCCUACAUUGUUGCAUUGUUUCUGGACCAGUUUGGAAACUAUGUACUGCAAUGCUGUCUUCGGUUCGGCUACCCGCGAAGCCGUUAUAUUUUUGAGACCAUGCUUAGCCGUUUGAUGGAGGUCUCUCAAGGCCGCUUUGGUGCACGCGCCAUGCGAGCGUGCCUCGAAAGCCAUCAUGCCACAAAAGACCAGCAGCGCAUGCUUGCUGCGGCGGUAGCCUUGCAUAGUGUACAACUUGCCUCGAACGCCAACGGAGCUCUUCUUUUGACCUGGUUCCUGGAUACCUGCACCUUUCCUCGCCGGCGAUCUGUUCUCGCUCCUCUUCUGGUUCCGCAUCUGGUGCAUUUGUGCACUCACAAAGUUGCUUAUUUGACUGUACUCAAGGUUAUCAACCAACGUAAUGAGCCCGAGGCUCGUGAUGUGAUCCUCAAGGCUCUCUUCUUUUCACCUGGAGAUCAGGUAUUGACGGACAUCUUGCGGGACCAGACCUGUGGGCCCACGCUGAUCUUCAAGGUUCUGACAACGCCCUUCUUUGAUGAAAGUAUGCGGUCUGAAGUCGUUCAGAAUGUGCGCAAUGUCUUGAUUGGCAUCAAAGCACAGCCCGCUCAAGGGUACAAGCGACUCAUGGAUGAGGUUGGCCUGUCAACUCGGGGCAGUGGCAGCGGGAACCGGGAAGCACCUAGCGGUGAGGCGGCUGGUAGUGAGCGCAGACGACCUAAUUCGCAGCACAGUGGACACGGCGGGCCUGCCUCUCGACAAAUGGCUGAGAGACAGUAUAGCGGACAGUAUUUCCCACCGAUGGCUACGGCUUAUGAGCAGCCAAAUGGCCUUGCACGUAAUGGUAGCGUUGAUAUGAACGCUGUCGCAUAUGACCAAUUCGGCAUGGGCACGCCGACCACUGCUCUCUACCCCGCCAGCGCUCACACGCCUUUGUCGCCCAUGGCUUCUCAGCAGAUGCAAUAUCAGCAAGCUCUGCUCGCGGCAUCCGCUCGCGGAAUGCCGGCACAGCCAUUUUACCCUAGCGUGACUCCCACCGGUCUCGGCGGUUAUGCCACGCCUCCUGGCUCCAGUGAUGCUUUUCGGCCAAUUCCAGGGCCUGGAUCGCCCCUCGCUGCUCCACCCCAGAUGGCUGCGUCACCUAUGAUGCCUCCGGCCGGCUUUUCUCCUCAACCUUAUACACCACUCAUGGGUGGUCAAAUGCUUGGCGGUGGAUACCAAUAUCAGUAUCCGUUCAUCCCUCAACAGGCUCCCCAGCCACAACAGAUGUCCCAUCAUCCUGGCGGGGGAAGACGAGGAAGGCGCUAAAUGUUACGACCCUGCAUGUCUGUAAAUUUUCCAAUUUUGCAGGCUCGCAUUGAGUUAUCCCGCUCUGCUUCAGAGAAGCAGUAGUAGGUCCAUUCAGUGAAUCACCCAAAAG